AUGGACACCUACCGCAUGGACCGCGUUGUCGUGUUCGUUCACCUCAUCUGGGCCGCACCCGUCGCCAUUGUGAGUGUGCGCGCGGCGCAGCGCCGGCAAUUCCUCUUCGCCGACGAUCUCGAGGGCGUUGACUCAACGGACAGCAAGCACGGUGUGCGCACACAAGGCAGCUACAGGUGGCAGACGAGCGACUCGCAGGCCGGGCCAGUCGACGGGCUCAACAAAGACAAAAGGAUGCCUGCUGCCGAGGCGCAGGUGCAGGUGCGGCCCGACCCGACCAAGGAGGAGCUGCACGCCAAGGAGAAGCAAGCUGAGGCGAAACGCAUCACGAAGGAGCACAAGAAGAAGAAAAGAGCGCGGAACGUCGCGCACGAACAGCGGAUGCGCCUCCUCCGCCGCGCUGCGGCCGGCGAGGAGGUCAAAAGGGAGGUCCCGGCACUGCCUCCAGCGUCCCUUCCCACAUCGUCCUCGCCGAAGACCCACUCUCCAGCGUCGACGCGCACGUCGGCCACCGCAUCCUGCAAAACUGCUUCCUCGCCGGUGCCGGGCCUCUGUCGCGCUCCAGGCGCGUCCUCGCAACACACCAGCUCCAUGUCCUCCCGCACAUUGCCUGAAUCAUCCUCCUCGAUGAUGGCAUCAUCAGCGAGCAGAACAUCUCCAGCGACGUCGUCACCACCGCCGGCGCGCUCGCCAAGCUUCGAGGAGUUGGGCAACGCGCGGCGCGAAGCGCCCGCGUAA